GCGCUGCAGCGCACAUCCUGGGUUUGCUGCUGCAGCAGGCGGUGGCCCGCGCCUCCGGCUGCGUCUUCGUUGCUGCUGCUGGCAACGAAGGCCUCGACAUUUCGCUGUCUCCUUUUUACCCCGCCUGUUUCCUCCGCGACAACUCCCUCACUGUCUCCGCCACUGACCGCGCGGGUUCGAUUCCCCCCUGGGCCAACACUGGCAAAAAGACGAUUCACUUAACAGCCCCUGGGGACCUCAUCGCUUCCACCUGGGCCCCCCACCCGGGGGGCCCCCUGGGGGGCCCCCUGGGGGGCCCCCUGGAGCGGGGCCCCCUGGGGGGGCCCCUUGGGGGGGGCCCCCUGGGGGGGGGCCCCCUGGGGGGGCCUUCUUCGGGGGGCGCCCCUGGGGGCGGCCUGAGGGGCCCUGGGGCCCCCGGCGGGCCCCCCGGGGGCCUCCCGGGGGCCCCCGGGAAGGGGGGGGGCCCCCUGGGGGCCCCCGGGACGGGGGGGGCCCCCGGGGGGCCCCCAGGGGCCUACAGAGUGACCAGUGGGACCAGCAUGGCCGCACCAAUGGUCAGCGGAGUGGCCGCGGAAGUGCUGGGGGUGUCUCCUGCGAGUCUGCCGCAGCAAGUGGUGGAAGUGAUCUUGAGGGGAGGAAAAGGAGACAGGAGACAGUUGGAGAAGUCCUUGACUGGGAGGAGACUGAGUGCCGUGGGGGCGCUGCUGCUGGCCAGGCUGCUGUUUGCCUUCCCCAGCAGCCACCUGCUGCACCUCCAGCAGCAGCAGCAGCAGCAGCAGCAGCAGCAGCAGCAGCAGCAGCAGCAGCAGCAGCAGCAGCAGCGGCAGCAGCAGCAGCGGGAGCGGCUGGAGGUGCGGCUGGAGACUGGCAAACUCAUUAAGGGGACUUUCAGGGCCCACUUGGUUCUCGUCUAUGCAAGACAUGCUGCUGCUGCUGCAGCAGCAAACCUGGCAGCAAACAGAAGGAGACUCGUCCAGCUUGUCUCCGUCAAAGUCCCCAUCACGCUCCACGUCGUCUAA